UCUGACCUGUGUUGUCACGCUUGCACAAAGGAAAAACCAACAGAGCUAAGGUGUACGCUCGUACUAGUUUCUUUUUUAGCCUAUAGUAGUUGCAUGUUCACUAUUGAUAUUCGGGUACUCUAGCGUCGAUGUUCAGAUGUGUAAUACGGUAGAUAAUAUUUACAGACAAUUGUGAGAUAAUUCAUGGCUUGUCUUUGGGUGUAAUACAGAAAGGUCCGUUGAUGAAUACCAAUAUAAAGGAAAUGGUUUUAAGGAAAAGUCUACGAUUUACAGCAGGAGUGUACUUCCUACUUCUCAUAUCAUGUACUUUAGUAUUAUUAGGAAUGAUUGUAAAUAUGCAUAAUAGAGACUGUAGUGAGCAAGUUAUUCUAAAGACAUACGCACUCAUUAAGUCAAUGAGUAACAACAACGCGUAUGAUGGACAAAAAUUAUUAUCACAACUCAUUCAAGAAGACGACAUAUUAUUUCAGAAAAACAGAAAUGUUCUCCGAGAUCUUCCAUUAUUUGCAGAUAAGACAAUUUCCAAGGAACAAAUAGUCAGACCUGGUUUAUUAAACAAAGAAAACAAUCAUAAUAUAGAAAUUAGAUCAAGUGACGAUCUCCAAAAGCUGCCGCCAGGGAAACGUGAUCCACCAAUGAAUGAUGAAACAGCAAAAGUAAUUGACGGUCUCCAAAAGCUGCCGCCAGAGAAACGUGAUCCACCAAAGAAUGAUGAAACAGCAAAAGAAAUAGUACCACCAGAGUUGCCACAAUCAAAACAGGAUGCACCUAAAAAACUUGAUUUUUCCGAUGGGUUAAGGGUAUUUAAAGGUCCAACGGAGGCAUAUCAUGAAAGGGAAAUCAAGGACAUUCCUCCAAUGGAAAAAGUAAAGGAGAACUUACACAAAUCUCUAAACAAACAUAUCAACACAAAGGAACUGACCCGUAUCCGGAAUAAUCUUAUUACGAGUGGUCUAACAUUUGAACGGACAGUAACUACAAAGGUCGAAGAUGAAAAUGAAAAAGAUUCAGAAAUACGUAGGCAAAAGUUUUUAAGCAAGUUAAAAGCUCCAUACGAGUCAUGCGCAGUAGUAGGUAACGGUGGUGUUUUGGAAGAAAGUUACUGCGGAGCAGAGAUCGAUGCACACGACUUUGUAAUGCGGUCAAAUAUGGCACCUAUAGUUGGUUUCGAAGAAGAUGUCGGAAAGAAAGUUAAUUUCAUGACGUUGAAUGGUGAAGGCACAAAGGUUCUCAUAAAAUGCGUGAAAACUUUCAACAAUACUUGUAAACGAGUUUAUCAAAGUAUGAAAACCAUCGAUGAAUCAAUUAUUUGGUUCUCAAAGUAUGGGACUUUGGCUUUAAAAUUCAUGAACCUAAUUAAUCAGCAUUUAAAUUCAACAGUGACACACCCGUCAGAGCCACUAAGUGAAGAAUUAAUGAAAUUUUGGGACAUCACCGAGCACCCGUCAUCCGGACUGUUUCUCUAUUCUAUUGCGGUGCCUAUAUGCAAGACCAUAUCGCUGUACGGUUUCUAUCCGUACAGCAAGUUGCCUAGCGGGAAGCGUAUGAAGUACCAUUAUUACGAAAAUUUUUAUAUUGAAGAUUUCGUUAUGGGGCAUGACCUUCCUAAGGAGUUCAGGUUGUUGAUGAAGCUUAACCGAGCCGGUGCUUUGCGACUAAGGGCAAAACCUUGUUUUUGAAUAAAAUAGUGUAACGUAUAGGGACACGGUGCUAUAUGAGAAGUCUACGGGAUCGAACGAUGUUCUUUAUUUAAAUGUGUUUACAUUUUAGAAUUGAUGUUGUUUCAGUGUUUGUAAAACCGGGUACACGUUCCGUCGGUUGAUGGUCGCACGCGAACAAUCGUAUUUCUCGACGAUCCGCUCUGGCUGCAACUGACAACCAGCAGGCGGCGUCGCGUCGUCAAAAUCCCGCACAUAGUUCGGAUAUGGAUUCGUCGAUUUAGAAUCGGCCAACGAACUGUGCGCUUGGCUUGUAAGAUUCGUAUUCUAGGACCCUGUGUUUGACCGGCUACACACUAACCCCAGCUAUACUAUUCCGUGCCAUACCUUAGCUUGAGACGAGUUUAGGCCCUAUAAAAUUCAAAAUAAAAUCUUUCAAGCGUAUAGAUAAUCAUUGUAGACCAAUACAUCAACUUCAUUAUUGUAAAUUUACAACUAGGAAAAUUAAAACUAGAAUUAUAGUUAUUAUAAACGACCCUAUUUUGUAUGAAAUGUGAUUCAUGGUUUUAGUAAUCAAUGAAAUAUAUAUUGCUUAAUAUGAAUACAAUGUUAAAACAUCAUAGAAUUUUACAGCAGCAAUACCAAUAUUGUGUUGAUUAAUCUUGGUGCUCUCAUGGUAUUAUAAGAAUAAUUUAAUUACUAAGUCCUGUCACCUGUGUACAAUAUUUUAAUUGCUGAUUACGUAAUACUAUAAAUCUGGACAUAAUUUGUGUCGCAUUGUGUUAUGCAAUAAAUUGUAUUGUGAUAUUUGUUUCAAAUUAUAUUUUUAUAUUGUUCAUUUUAACCGCAUCAUUAUUAUUUUAUUUAUUAUUGUUAUUAAAGUGUUUUAUAAAAAUUGAAUAUUUCAAUUUAAUAAAAAAAAUUAUGAAAACAGGUCAUAUUACGAGAAUGUGUUUGAUUUACGUUCCGAAAGAUAUGUUUGACGUUUUUAAUUCAAUUCAUUGUAUUCAGUCUAUCAUAAUGAAUAUAACACAGAUGUAUUUUGAAGCAAAGCGAUUAAAUGAGAACAUAAAAUUAUAGAUAAAAACAUACUUUUAAAAUUUUCCAAACAGUACAGUAAAAAGUAUUAAGAUAUAUUAGUAAAACAUUGUUAUGUUAAGAUACUAAGAGCAUGUAAUUCAUUAAAAUAAUAUAAAAUUAUUGCA